AUGCUCUCGCUCAGAGCCCACCUAACCAUUCUACUGCUCGCCGUUGCAGGAUAUUACGGAGCGGAAACCAAACCACAUAAGCUGACAGAGGGGGUCUUUGGGGUCGAUGCUAGCUUUGACUAUGUCGUUGUUGGCGCCGGGACGUCCGGCUUCACACUGGCAGCCCGACUCGCGGAGCAGAAGCUGAGCGUGGCUCUCGUCGAAGCCGGCGACUUCUAUGAGGCGGUUUGGCCUUUGGCGAAGAUUCCAGGGGCAGUGAUUGUCGGCCUGGGCUCGAGUCCGACUGCCACCACUCCAAUUGACUGGAAUUUCAUCACGGCCCCGGUCCCGGGCGCGAACUACCGCCAGGUACAUUAUGGCCGACACAAGACGUUUGGGGGUUGUAUGCAACGUGAUGAUAUACCAGAGGUUUCGAGCCACAGAGUGCCCAUGUCAUUGAGCCAUGGAUUGCUAAACGAUCGCAGACCCGAUAACGGCUCCAUGCAACGGUGGGCCGACCUCGUCGAGGAUCAGAGCUACACGUUCGAUCAGGUCCUCCCUUUCUACCAACGAACGACCACCUUCUACCCUCCUCAGAACGAGCUUCGCCCCCCCAACGCCUCCGUGCAAUAUAACCCGGCCGCAUACUCUCCGGCCGGGGGGCCCCUCCAAGUAUCCUACCCAAUCGACAGUAUCCCAUUCUCCAGCUGGAUGGUUGGCGGAAUGCAAGCAAUUGGCAUCAACGAGACACAAGACUUCAGCAGUGGGCAUUUACUAGGUGCGCAAUGGUGCCCCUUCACCGUCCGCCCAUCGGACCGAACACGGAGCAGUUCGGAAGCUGCUUUCAUGGGCGCCGCAGCGAACAGCGACCGUCUGGUGACGCUCACUCUCUACAAAACCACGAUGGGGAAGCGGAUCCUGUUCGACUCUGACAGGAAGGCGACCGGGGUGGAAGUCCGCACCGAGACAUCAACGUACACCCUGCACGCCAAUCGGGAGGUGAUCGUCUCGGCGGGGGCCUUCCAGAGCCCGCAGUUGUUGAUGGUCUCCGGCAUCGGGCCCUCAGAAGCCCUAAGUCAAUACAACAUCCCGCAGGUCGUCGAUCUCCCCGGAGUCGGUCAGAACAUGUGGGAUCACCUGCUCUUUGGUCCGUCAUACCGGGUCCGACUCAUCACCGGCACGAAUAUCGCCAACAACUACGCCUUUGCGGCCGAGCAACUCGCCCUGUAUUUCUCCGUGCGGCGGGGUCUCUUCACCAACCCAUCGGCCGAUUACCUGGCCUGGGAGAAGAUCCCAGAUCCCCUGCGCCAGCGCUUCUCCGCUGAUACGUUGCGUAACCUGUCAUGGUUCCCACCCAGCUGGCCGGAAGCAGAGUAUAUCUCCUUCCACAUCUUCCUCGGCGACCUGGCGAACCCGCUGUUCGACCAACCCAAAGACGGCUUCAUGUACGCGUCGAUGAUCGGGUCGCUGGUGGCGCCCAGCUCGCGCGGGACGGUGACGCUGGCGUCGAACGACACGGACACCCUACCGAUCGUGCAGCCGAACUGGCUGUCGACGGAGGCGGACGCGCAGACGGUGGUGGCCAUGUACCGGCGGAUGCGGGAGGCGUGGCACAGCGCGGCGAUGGCGCCCAUCGUGAUCGGGGAGGAGUACUUCCCGGGGCCGAAAGUGCAGACGGACGCGGAGAUCCUGGCGGUCAUCCGGCAGACGGUCAUGACCAUCUACCACGCGGCGUGCACGUGCAAGAUGGGAACCCGGAACGACAGCAUGGCGGUGGUGGAUCAUCGGGCCCGCGUGUUUGGGGUGAGUGGGUUGCGGGUCGUGGAUGCGAGUGCGUUCGCUAUCUUGCCGCCGGGGCAUCCGCAGGCCACGUGUUAUAUGUUGGCGGAAAAGAUCGCGGCGGAUAUCCUGCAUGGUCCUGGAAAUGGGGACGGGAAUGGGGACGACGGCGACGACGAUGGGGACCAUGGGGACAAUGGGGACAACGGAGGAAAUGGGGGAAAUGGGGGUGGAUGA